AUGGCGCGCUCAAGCCCCACGACCGCUCGACGUCGGUCCAUGGGUGGUUUUAAUCGUCGUCAGCCGACCAACGUCGCCGUGCUGACGCUGGCGAACCUCGGUUUGCUGAGUUUCUUCCUCGGCGGCGUGGAAUGGGUGUUCAACGGGUGGGACAAGACGGCCUUCUUUUGCGUCGCAGGAUACGUUUUUUGUGGAUUAGCUCUGGCGGUGCCAUCUAUGACGUUUGCGAAGACCGACGGCAGUGGGGAAGCGAGCGACGACCAGGAGACGUUCAAUAUGGACAACGAGCGGAGACAUUGGAGGGUGUUCGCGGCGAUAUUAAACGUCGUCGGAUUAGUGCUGGGUAUUCUCGGUUCCUUGUUGUACUCGCCUGGUUUCGACACUUGGGCGACAUCAGGAGAACUCAAGCCGUACGUGAGAGAGGAGGAUUUCGAGAUGCUCACCGAUCAGGCAAACGUCAUUUGGGCGCUAUCUUUCGUAGUGUUUCCGAUCGGUUCGGGCUUGUUCUUGCUCGAUAGGAAGAAGACGCUAGAGGCCAAGGCGACGGCGAGGGGCGUGAAACCGCCGGGUUACUUCUCUCCGCAUCUCUAUUUAUACACGUGGAUCGAGAUCGCUCUCGUGAUAAUUGCUGUGGGUGGGUUGUUGUUUUGCUUUGACGAGAAUCGGACGCUCCUCGUCACAUCGCUCGUCUUGUUCCUCAUCGGCGGCUCAAUCAAGGCUGGGCUGAUGUUUCACGAGUUGAAGAACUUCGUUGGCAAUUCGUGUGAGGGAGUAGUCGACGCGGACGAUGAGACAACUCCGUUGCUCUCCGAUUCUUCGGGCUCGGUCUCGACGUCUUCUCUCUUGGGAGACCCGGAGGCGUAG